CUCCCUCCCUCCCUUCCUCUCCGAGGCGCUCCUCCUCCUCCUCCUCCUCUUCUUCUUCCUCCUCCUCCUCCUCUUCCUCUCCGCGCCUCCAGCAAGAUGACAGCCGGGCGGCAGCAGCGGUGGCGGCGGCGCGGAGGGUCUUCGCUCCGGCUGGUGGCUGCCCUGCCUCCCUCAUUUUCAACUCUGAAGCCAGAUUGUUUUAACUAAAGAUGGAAACACUGGAGUCGGAGCUGACUUGCCCAAUCUGCCUCGAGUUGUUUGAAGACCCGCUGCUCCUGCCCUGCGCCCACAGCCUCUGCUUCAGCUGCGCCCACCGCAUCCUGGUCUCCAGCUGCGCCUCCGGGGAGCCCCUCGAGCCCAUCCCCGCCUUCCAGUGCCCCACCUGCCGCUAUGUCAUCUCCCUCAACCAUCGGGGCCUGGAGGGCCUCAAGCGCAAUGUGACCCUGCAGAACAUCAUCGACCGCUUCCAGAAGGCCUCCCUCAGCGGGCCCAACUCCCCGGGGGAGAACUGCCGCGAGCGGCCCCCGUAUCGCCGCAGCCCCACCAUGUCGACGGUGGGCGACAGGAUCGCGUGCCAGUUCUGCGAGCACGACCCCCCGCGCGACGCCGUCAAGACCUGCAUCACCUGCGAGGUGUCCUACUGCGACCGCUGCCUGCGGGCCACCCACCCCAACAAGAAGCCCUUCACCAGCCACCGCUUGGUGGAGCCCGUGCCGGACGCCCACUUCCGCGGACUGACAUGUCUCGAGCACGAGAACGAGAAGGUGAACAUGUACUGUGUGGCUGAUGACCAGCUCAUCUGUGCCUUAUGCAAACUGGUGGGGCGGCAUCGGGAUCACCAGGUGGCUUCGCUGAGCGACCGGUUUGAAAAACUGAAGCAAACUCUGGAGAUGAACCUCACGAACUUGAUGAAACGCAAUAGUGAGCUAGAAAACCAGAUGGCCAAACUGAUACAGAUCUGCCAGCAGGUAGAGGUGAACACAGCCAUGCAUGAGGCAAAACUGAUGGAAGAGUGCGAUGAGCUGAUGGAAAUCAUCCGCCAGCGCAAGCAAGUGAUUGCUGUAAAGAUCAAGGAAACUAAGGUGAUGAAACUGAGGAAGCUGGCCCAGCAGGUUGCCAACUGCCGACAGUGCCUGGAACGGUCCACCGCCCUCAUCAACCAAGCCGAGCAUAUCCUGAAGGAGAAUGACCAUGCGCGGUUCCUGCAGACGGCGAAAAAUGUGGCAGAGAGGGUCGCCAUGGCAACUGCAUCCUCUCAAGUUUUGAUACCCGAUAUCAAUUUUAACGAUGCCUUUGAAAACUUUGCGUUAGAUUUUUCCAGAGAGAAGAAACUGCUGGAGGGGCUGGAUUAUCUCACAGCACCCAACCCGCCAUCUGUCCGUGAAGAGCUUUGUACUGCCUCCCACGACACCAUCACGGUCCACUGGAUCUCGGACGAUGAGUUCUGUGUCAGCUCCUAUGAGCUCCAGUACACCAUCUUCACCGGCCAGGCCAACUUCAUUAGUUUGUACAACUCCAUGGACAGUUGGAUGAUCGUCCCCAACAUCAAGCAGAAUCACUACACGGUGCAUGGGCUUCAGAGUGGCACAAGAUACAUCUUUCUUGUCAAGGCAAUAAACCAGGCCGGCAGCCGGAACAGUGACCCCGCCAGGCUCAAGACUAACAGCCAGCCCUUCAAGCUGGACCCCAAAGUGGCUCACAAGAAACUGAAAAUCUCCAACGAUGGACUGCAGAUGGAGAAAGAUGAGAGCUCCCUGAAGAAGAGUCACACGCCAGAGAGGUUCAGUGGCACAGGGUGCUACGGUGCCGCAGGCAACGUCUUCAUCGACAGCGGCUGCCACUACUGGGAGGUCACGCUGGGCUCCUCCACCUGGUAUGCUAUUGGCAUUGCCUACAAAUCAGCCCCAAAGAAUGAGUGGAUCGGCAAGAAUUCCUCCUCCUGGGUCUUCUCCCGUUGCAACAACAACUUUGUGGUGCGGCACAACAACAAGGAGAUGCUGGUGGACGUUCACCCGCAGAUGAAGCGCCUGGGCGUCCUCCUGGACUAUGACAACAACGUCCUCUCCUUCUACGACCCGGCCAACUCCCUCCACCUCCACACCUUUGAGAUCUCCUUCAUCCUGCCCGUCUGCCCCACCUUCACCAUUUGGAACAAAUCCUUAAUGAUUGUUUCGGGUUUGCCGGCCCCGGACUUUAUAGACUACCCUGAGACGCAAGAAUGCAACUGCCGGCCGCCACAAGAAUCCCCGUACGUAUCAGGAAUGAAAACCUGCCAUUGAGGGGCAAGGGAGACCCCUCCCCUUCCAGCCAGGCCUCAGGAACUUCUGCACCGCUAGACUGGAAGGUGACUUGCCACGUCCAUCCGGCUAGUUGGUCGUCCCAAGGAAAGCGCACCUUCCUUCCGCCAGAGGAGUGUGUGCGCGUGUAUGUCUGUCUGUGGAGAGGGGUUGUUUCAUGGACUAAUUUUUUUAAUUUUUAUUUUGAUAGCACUACUGAAUUUUCUCAGAUGGAAUGGGCAUGUCGUGUCCAUUUCCUGGUGGGAAAAGGCGUCACGGCAGGGAGGUUGUUACGGUGGACAGAGUUUUCUAAUACAUGAUGGGAGGGAGGAGGGACGCAACUUGUGUGCAUUGUUUGUGGACCCAGUCAUGGUUUCACCUGCCAUUCGGAGACAGGGCUGCCUGGAAGGACUGUCCCCACAUCAUAGCAAAUAACCAUUUGCAUGGGUCUUUUUUUUUAGUCCUCUACACAUUCUCACCACGUGCAGAAAAGUGGCAUAUAGGUACAUUUUGAAAUUCAGGCACAGAUGACAAGAGUCCCCAUAGUCAUCCCUCUCAUUGAUUUGGUCGUUUUUAUCUCACCACGUUUUUUAUCUCACUGCCCCCGGUGGUGCAGUGUGUUAAAGCGCUGUGCUGCUGAACUUGCGGACCGAAAGGUCGCAGGUUCAAAUCUGGGGAGCGGAGUGAGCCCAAGCUUCUGCCAACCUAGCAGUUCUAAAACAUGCAAAUGUGAGUAGAUAAAUAGGUACUGCUCUGGCUGUUGGCCCCAGCUUCUGCCAACCUAGCAGUUCGAAAACAUGCAAAUGUGAGUAGAUCAAUAGGUACUGCUCCCACUGUUAGCCCCAGCUUCUGCCAACCUAGCAGUUCAAAAACAUGCAAACGUGAGUAGAUAAAUAGGUACUGCUCUGGCUGUUAGCCCCAGCUUCUGCCAACCUAGCAGUUCAAAAACACGCAAAUGUGAGUGGAUCAAUAGGUACUACUCCGGCUGUUAGCCCCAGCUUCUGCCAACCUAGCAGUUUGAAAACAUGCAGAUGUGAGUAGAUCAAUAGGUACUGCUCUGGCUGUUGGCCCCAGCUUCUGCCAACCUAGCAGUUCGAAAACAUGCAAACGUGAGUAGAUCAAUAGGUACUGCUCUGGCUGUUAGCCCCAGCUUCUGCCAACCUAGCAGUUCGAAAACAUGCAAAUGUGAAUAGAUCAAUAGGUACUGCUCCAGCUGUUAGCCCCAGCUUCUGCCAAGCUAGCAGUUCGAAAACAUGCAAAUGUGAGUAGAUCAAUAUGUACUGCUCUGGCUGUUGGCCCCAGCUUCUGCCAACCUAGCAGUUUGAAAACAUGCAAAUGUGAGUAGAUCAAUAGGUACCGCUCCGGCGGGAAGGUAAUGGCGCUCUAUGCUGUCAUGCCUAUGGCCACAUGAUCUUGGAGGUGUCUACGGACAACGCCGACUCUUCAGCUUAGAAAUGGAGAUGAGCACCAACCCGCAGAGUCAGGCACGACUGGACUUAAUGUCAGAGGAAAACCUUUAUCUUUACUAUCUCACCACAGGCAGGUCUGUCAAAAGAUCGUUCAGAAUAAUAAAUAAUAAUAUAAUAAUAUCUUUAUUUUUGUAUCCCGCUUCCAUCUCCUUGAAGGGACUCACAUAGGGAAGAGCCCAAACAACAUAGAUUAAAACAUAAAUCAGGAAAAAUUAAACAUUGUAGCCACACAAAGCAGUAUUGCAGUAGCGAUGUCGGGGAAAGUGCUGUAGUCCAAAAAAUGGGGAGCAAACACACAUAAGCAUAUCCCAGUCCUCCCAUUGGCAGGGCUGCUGCAGUUGAAGCGGAUGCGGUUCUAACAUCAGCCCAGAGACAGUGUCCUGGCAUCACCCCUCAUGACCUGACUAAGCAUUUUGCACUGUUUUGCCUUUGCUUUGCUGUCCAAGCAGCACCAAUUAGAGCUGUCAGCCCAGAGCCCUCUUGCUCCCCUGCCAUCCUCCUCCUCCCUCACCUGUCACAUCAAGCCACCCGCACGGCUGCUCUGGGGCGGCCCUUGGCCUCCCUUUGGGGCUUUCAGCAGUGAAGGAGUUCAUGAACCUCACGGAGAUGGGACGGGGAGGCAGCCACUUUCAGCUCACCCGGAAAGCAGAAGCAAUGCUUCUCAUCCGCUUGGAAAAGCCUUCACUACUAGCACCAGGGUGAUGAUAUGAUACCUCCUUGCAGGGGCGGCAGAUCAGAAAAGCCAAAGUCCUGCCCCAGCACAUAAUGGUUUUCAUAAAAACAGGUAAGAGGUUGCAGCGGCAAGUAAAAUGCUAGUUGUGUUGUCGAAGGUUUUCAUGGCCAGAAUUACUGGGUUGCUGUGAGUUUUCCAGCCUGUAUGGCCAUGUUCUAGAAGCAUUCUCUCCUGAUGUUUCACUCACAUCUAUGGCAGGCAUCCUCAGAGGUGCGAGAUCUGUUGGAAACUAGGAAAGUGGGGUUUAUAUAUCUGUGGAGAGUCCCAAGUUGGGAGAAAGAACUCUUGUCUGCUUGAGUAUAGUGUGAUUGUUGCAAUUUACCACAUUGAUUGGCAUUGAAUGGCCUUGCAGCUUCAAAGCCUGGCUGCCUCAUGCCUGAGGGAAUGAUCGCUGGCCCUGGUUGGCCAUACAGCCAGUCCAAGUUGGGAGAAAGAACUCUUGUCUGCUUGAGUAAAGUGUGAAUGUUGCAGUUUGCCACCUUGAUUAGCACUGAAUGGCCUUGCAGCUUCAAAGCCUGGCUGCCUCAUGCCUGAGGGAAUGAUAGCUGGCUCUGGUUGGCCAUACAGCCAGUUCAAGUUGGGAGAAAGAACUCUUGUCUGCUUGAGUAAAGUGUGAAUGUUGCAGUUGAUAGCCUUGAUUAGCAUUGAAUGGCCUUGCAGCUUCAAAGCUUGGCUGCCUCCUGCCUGAGGGAAUGAUAGCUGGCCCUGGUUGGCCAUACAGCCCAGUCCAAGUUGGGGGAAAGAACUCUUUUCUGCUUGAGUAAAGUGUGAAUGUUGCAGUUUGCCACAUUGAUUAGCAUUAAAUGGCCUUACAGCUUCAAAGCCUGGCUGCCUCCUGCCUGAGGGGAAUGGUAGCUGGCCCUGGUUGGCCAUACAGCCAGUCCAAGUUGGGAGAAAGAACUCUUGUCUGCUUGAGUAAAGUGUGAAUGUUGCAGUUGAUCGCCUUGAUUAGCAUUGAAUGGCCUUGCAGAUUCAAAGGCUGGCUGCUUCCUCCCUGAGGGAAUCCUUUGUUGGGAGGUGUUAGCUGGCCCUGAUUGUUUUCUGUCUGGCAUUCCCCUGUUUACUGAGUGUUGUGCUUUAUUUACUGUCCUGAUUUUAGAGUUUUUUUUAAUACUAGUAGCCAGAUUUUGUUGAUUUUCAUUGUUUCCUCCUUUCUGUUGAAACCUCACACCUCUGAGGAUGCCUAUCAUAGAUGUGGGCAAAACGUCAGGAGAAAAUGCUUCUGGAACAUGGCCAUUCAGCUUGGAAAUCUCACAGCAACCUGCUAAAUGCUAGUUUCUCAUCAUGGCCUGUGUGCCUAGGUCUUUGGGAACAAAACAAUGUUUUUGAAACACACUAGUUUAGAGAAAGAAACUCAGUGUAUGAGUACAUCACGGGCAAGAAACUAGACAUAAAGCCCUGCCUAUCUUUUUAGCCUGAACCAUCUCAAGCUGAGCAACCUGUGGGUUUGUUCUAUAGGAUUUAGGCCAUUGCUGGGUAGGGUUGUGGGGAGUUCUGUUAGCGAGUAUAGCGGAAUCCAGCAGGGUCCAGUUAACACCAUGUGCAAAAGACUCACACCAGGCAGAGGAAUUGAAAGAACAAAAGAACUUUACUCUUGCUUGUUGAGUUGAAAUAUAAAACAGUUCUGCAAUCGUACAAUGUCCAUGUAGUUGCAUAAGAUCAAUAACAUCAGCAUUCUAUUUACAGCAUAGCAUAUUCAAACUGCUACUUGACCGUAGCUAGAGAACUUCUCCAUUUCUGUGCUCUCCCCGCAAGCUCAGAUUACCAACUGACAAACCCAGCCGUCUGCCAGCAAACCGAUACAUUGUUUGAGGCGUGGCUUGCCUCUGCAAAAAGCUCAGCUCCCUUUUUGCAGAGAUCUUUUGCAAGCAACUUUGCAAGGAUUUCUUUACACACACACACAUAGCAAUUUGGCGCAAUAAGUUCUUGGUGACUCCAGGAUGAGGGAGAUUUCAAGAACUCUUGGAACACACGUUUCAUGUGAUGCUUAAUGCAUUUCUGCAUGCCUAAAGUGUCUCUCCUACAGCAAUGGAAAGGAAAGUGUCACAUUUGUUAUGGCUGGAUGGCAAUCCUUAUAGUUGUGGUCCAGCUAGCAAUAAUGUCUAUUUCCUUGGCUUUGGUGAGUGGCAAACAAGCCGCUCUUAUGUACUGUAUGUCCAGGCUGAUGGAGGAAAGGAUAGGAACCAGCUAAGUACCUAUGUUAAAAUGCCACCCAUCGUAACUGUAUUCCAUUUGCCUUUACAGAGCGUGUUGCCUAUGUUGCAUUGACCAAGUUGGGCCAUAUAGAAAGUCAUUUCCCUGAUCGGGCUCUAAAUCUACUAAUCUGUACCAGGCUCUUAACAGGGAAAUGCUCAGCGUAGAAACAGCUCCUGGCAUGAAGAGGCAGAAACUCCGGUGACUCGGCCAUAUGGUGCCAAACCCCCUGUGUUGAGUUUCCAUGUGCCAAACAGAAUGAUGGGAUUUCACUGCAGGGAAAGGACUCAACCCCUCAGGAGAUCAAGCAAUUUGUAGCACAGCCUUUAGCAAACAAUCUAGCUGGCAGAAACCGAGUACUGUUAAAUGAGGAGUGCUCCACGUUUCCUACAACUAUACUAUACGAUUCUUCCCUCUGGAAAGGUGUGUUGGUUCUUCCGGACCCCGCAAAGCCUUGCCCGGCUGUCUGUAUCAUACCGAUUGCGUUUUAUCCGAUUUUGGGGAUGUGGUGAGCUUUUCGUUUCCGUGAGACCUGUCAACUUUCUUUCCCUAUGUAUCAUAAUCGGUUUUGCAACUUCUUUGUUAAUGUGUAUAUAUAAAUAUAUAAAUAUAUAUACAUAAAAAUAUAAUAUAUAUGUAUACAUUC